AGUUCAUGGACAGAUAUGUGUGAGUCUGCAUUAAACCUUGGCCUAGGCCCCCCUCUUCCGAGCAACGAAAAGCUUUAUUCAAAAACUGGCUGGUCUUCGACGAACCAGUUCUUAUUAGAAGUCAUUUUCCACAACAGGAUGAAGCAGUACCAGUGUUUAACUAAUGACCCAAUGGUGGCUUCAGCAAUCUAUGUUCCAUAUUAUGCAGGCCUUGAUGUUGGUCGUUACCUCUGGGAUCCUAUUGGUUAUAGGAGAGACCAUGAUGCAAUGGAGCUUGUCAAGUGGCUUGCGGGUAGACCUGAAUGGAAAAAAAUGUGGGGUCGAGACCAUUUCUUGGUUGCUGGAAGAAUCAAUUGGGAUUUCAGGAGGGACCUCAAGAAUGUGUCUGAUUGGGGCAAUGGGCUUUUGAGUUACCCCGAAUCAAAGAACAUGACAAUGCUGAUAAUCGAGUCGAGUCCUUGGAACAACAACGACUUCGCGAUACCGUAUCCCACUUAUUUCCACCCUUCAAGAGAUGAUGAUGUGUUCCAAUGGCAGAACAGAAUGAGAGAACUGAAGAGACGUUUCUUGUUCUCUUUUGCAGGUGCAUGAAGGCCUAGUUGGGACGAGUGUAUACGCAAUGAAAUUAUCGACCAGUGACUAGUGUCAAGGAAGAGAUGCAGGUUCCUAGAAUGUGAUCAAACCCAGAGUUGCUACAAGCCAGAAAGUUUGAUGAAGUUGUUACAAAGCUCCAUCUUUUGCCUACAACCUCCUGGGGAUUCCUACACUAGGAGGCCAAUAUUUGAUUCAAUAUUGGCAGGCUGCGUUCCAGUUUUCUUCCAUCCAGGUUCUGCAUAUGUUCAAUAUUUAUGGCAUUUCCCCAAGGAUUACACCAAAUAUUCUGCGCUGAUACCAGCCAGGCGCGAGGUCAACAUUGAACAACUGUUGCAAAGAAUCCCAAGAGAUAAAAGAGCAGCAAAGAGAGAUGAGGUCAUAAAGCUGAUUCCAAAUGUGAUCUAUGCAGAUCCUGCUUCGAGAUUGCAAACCAUCGAAGAUGCGUUCAAUCUGACAGUUAAAGGAGUUCUUGACAGAGUUGAAACAAUGAGGAACCAAAUGAAAGAUGGGAAAGAAGUGAAUUCCGAAUUUCCUGAGCAAGAGUCAUGGAAGUAUUUCACAUUUGGGAAACUUGGAGGCCACGAAUGGGAUCCUUUCUUCUCAAGCAAACUUGGGAAGCGGGGCACAUGAAUGUCGAAAGCAUUUGGUGAAACUCGAAGAGUGUGCGUUCCCAUGGAUGUGAUCCAGCUUUUCCUUUCAAUGAAAAAUGUGGAAGUGGGGGGAGAUGUAUUAGCAUAAGAAACUA